AAUUCACAGAGAGAGAGAGAGAGAGAGAGAGAGAUCAAACAGUGACAGCGCUAACGCAGUUCAGACACCGUAACUCUCUUCUUCCUGUAAGACACUAUCCUCUUUGUCGUCAUCAGUGUUCUUCGUAAUGCUUCUCUGGGCAUCUCUGUUAAAUCGAAAAUUUUGAAUUUUGGAUAGAGAGACGGUGCCUUUGUUGUUUUAGGGUUCGCUUUGAGACGAGUUUCUGAUUGCAGGUGAUGAUGUCCAAAGUUGAAGUUAGGAAAAAACUUGGAGAAGAUUCAGGCAAUGCAAAGUUGUUGAGCGAGAUAGAAAACAUAAGCAAAGCUCUAUACCUUGACAAAAACCCUUCGAGGACCUCAAUUUCCGCACCUGGUAAUCGAUCAAAACCAACUGGGAAAUCCCAAUUGGUUGAUCCUAAAUCGAAGAUAAAGUAUGGCAACGUAGAUUCAUCGCAAAAGGACAAGAAAUCCUUUUGGAAUUGGAAGCCAUUAAAAGCCCUUUCAAAUGUUAGGAACCGAAAGUUCAAUUGUUGUUUCUCUCUCCUAGUACACUCCAUCGAAGGUUUUCCGUCAAGUUUUGAAAAUCUUAGUGUUUGUGUUCACUGGAAGAGGCGGGAUGGGGAGCUGGUUACAAGUCCUGUGAAGGUUUUUGAAGGUAUUGCUGAGUUUGAGGAGAAGUUGUCGCAUACAUGCUUGGUCUAUGGGAGUAGGAAUGGACCUCACCACUCAGCAAAGUAUGAGGCAAAACAUUUCUUGCUAUAUGCAUCUGCAAUUGGUGUCCAGGAGCUUGAUUUGGGAAAGCAUAGGGUUGACCUCACAAGGCUGCUUCCUCUCACAUUGGAGGAAUUGGAAGAGGAGAAGAGCUCUGGAAAGUGGACUACAAGUUUUAAGUUGUCAGGAGAAGCAAAGGGUGCCAUGAUGAAUGUUAGUUUUGGGUAUACAGUGGUUGGGGAUAGUCCAAUUCCACUUGGACAUAACCAGAAUGAUCCAGAGCUGUCUAACUUGAAGCGGAAUAAUGUGAGAGCAGCAAAAGCAGUCCCUAAAUUUGGUCAAGGUGAUGGGAAGAGCACAAUUCGUCACACUGGAAGUCUUCCCGAUGCUUUGAAACGCCAGCGUCAUGCCUCAUCCCAAUCUGUAGAGAAUGUAAAAUAUCUUCAUGAUGUAUUGCCAACAUCAAAGUCAGAACUUGUCAAUCCAGUACUUAUGAUGCAUCAGAAACUCAAUGAAGAAAAGUUGGAUUCUUCAUUUGACUAUAAGCCUGAACUUGAUGUUUUCACAGGACGUCUUGACCUAUUGAAGUCAAAUUUCUUCUGUGUGUCUAAAUCCAGCCAAAACAGUGUUGACAAGGAUUUUGAAGAUGGUGAAUUUUCUGUGAUUGAACAGGGAAUGGAAUUGUCAAAAGAGGAACGGGAGAAAGCAGUUGAAGUUACUGUUAAGAUCGAUGAUGUUUCUUUAGUAGAAGAUAAGAUUGAUGGUAGUUUUCAGAUAAGUUUUGAAGAGGGUGAUAAGCUUCAACUGCAGAAUGCAGGGAAUGGUAGUCCUAAAGACAAGCUUACAAUGCAUGAUUGCUAUUCUAAGGGGGAUGAGAAAUGCUCAAAAGAGUCUGUGAUGAAAGAAUUGGAAGCUGCAUUGAGUAAUGUGACAAAUUUGGAAACUGAAGCAUUUGAUCCUUCUGAAGAGAAAGAAGAUUGCAUGGGAGACAAAAUGGUUUAUGAAUCAAAUAGGAAUGAGACAUCACCUAGUUUAGAUGAUGUAACUGAGUCUGUGGCAAAUGAAUUUCUGGACAUGCUGGGGAUUGAGCAUUAUCCAUUAGGCUUGAGUUCAGAGAGUGAACCUGAGUCCCCAAGGGAGCGCUUACUGAGACAGUUUGAGAAGGAUACCCUAUCUGGGGGUUAUUCUCUGUUUGAUUUUGGUGUCGACAUUGAGGACCAAAUAGAAUGUGACCUCAACACAUCAACUGUGUCUGAGUGGGGGAACUUGUCUGAGGAUUUUGGUCAGUCAUCAAUUAACCAAGCUGCUAAGGAGCGGCAGAUGGGAAUUCAGGCAGAGAGUGGUAAGACAAGGGCAAAAAUGUUGGAAGACUUGGAGACAGAAGCUUUAAUGCAUGAAUGGGGCUUGAAUGAUAACGCUUUUCAGUGCUCUCCACCUGAGAACUGUGGUAGUUUUGGAAGUCCAAUUGAUUUGCCUCCUGAAGAACCACUUGAAUUGCCACCUCUUGGAGAAGGCUUAGGUUCAUUUCUGCAGACAAAAAAUGGUGGAUUUUUGCGAUCUAUGAAUCCUUCACUUUUCAGAAAUGCGAAAAGUGGCGGGCACUUGAUCAUGCAAGUUUCCAGUCCUGUUGUGGUACCUGCUGAAAUGGGUUCUAGUAUAAUGGAUAUACUGCAGCAGUUGGCUUCAGUUGGGAUUGAAAAGCUCUCUAUGCAGGCUAAUAAGUUAAUGCCUUUGGAAGAUAUAACUGGAAAAACAAUGCAACAAGUAGCAUGGGAAACUGCAGCAUCUCUGGAGGGACCUGAGAGGCAAAGCUCAUUGCAGUGUGAAUUGGAAAUUGGGCAAGAUAUAUCUGGUGGGCAAAAGAAUGUGAAGGAGAGAUCAUCUGCACGCAGAUCUAACAGGUUGAAGUCAAGCACAGUAGGGAAUGAGAUGGGCUCAGAAUAUGUAUCUCUAGAAGAUCUUGCUCCCUUGGCAAUGGAUAAGAUUGAGGCACUCUCAUUUGAGGGAUUAAGAGUACAAUCUGGCAUGUCAGAUGAUGAUGCAACCUCAAGCAUCAGUGCACAGUCUAUGGGUGAAAUUUCAGCCUUUCAGGGAAAGGGCAUCAAUGUCACUGGGUCCCUUGGUUUGGAGGGAGCUGCUGGUUUACAAUUGUUGGACAUAAAGGACAGUGGUGAUGAUAUUGAUGGAUUAAUGGGUCUGUCACUAACUCUUGAUGAAUGGAUGCGGCUGGAUUCUGGUGAUAUUGGUGAUGAAGAUCAAAUAAGUGAGCGGACUUCUAAGAUACUUGCUGCCCAUCAUGCCAGCUCCUUGGACUUGAUUCGUGGGGGGUCAAAAGGAGAGAGAAGGCGUGGCAAAGGAUCUGGUAGAAAGUGCGGUUUACUGGGGAAUAACUUCACUGUUGCAUUGAUGGUGCAGCUUCGUGAUCCUCUGAGAAACUAUGAACCAGUUGGCACACCAAUGCUUGCGCUCAUUCAAGUAGAGAGAGUGUUUGUUCCACCAAAACCAAAAAUAUACUGUAAGGUUUCGGAGGUAAGAAAUGACAACGAGGAUGAUGAUGAGUCAGAAUUAGUGGUGAAGGAAAAGGCAAAGGAGGAGAAAAUUGAGGAAAAGGCAUCUGAAAAGAAAGGAAUUCCUCAGUUCUGCAUCACUGAAAUACAAGUUGCUGGUCUCAAGACUGAGCCCGGCAAGAAGAAGCUUUGGGGUACCACCUCUCAGCAACAAUCUGGGUCUCGUUGGCUGCUUGCUAAUGGAAUGGGGAAGAGCAAUAAGCAACCACUUGUGAAGUCAAAGACCGUUUCUAAUAAAGCUGCAGCCCCUUUGACAACAAAUGCGAAGCUUGGUGAUAAGUUAUGGAGCAUCUCAUCUCGUAUUCUUGGUACUGGUGCAAAGUAGAAAUUGAUUGCAUUGAUGUCACAUAUGCAGAAUCCAAAUGAAAUAUUCCCUUAAGGUUGAGAUGAGUUGACUAUGCAUUUGAGUUUGUUUGAAAGGAGUUUCUUCACCAUGUUACUGGAAUACGGCAGGAAUCUCCUUGAUUUUUUCACUGAACGUGGUGGGGAUUUAGAAUGCCUGGAUUUGAACAAACCAAGUAUUUAUAUGGCUGCUGAUAAUUUUAACACAGCAUGCACGAUGGUUGUUGAGUCCCUAUGAUAUUUAUAAGUUCUGCUUUAGGAGUUCUUGUAUUUGCUUCUGAUAUAGCCCACUAAUUUUUGUUAAUGUUAUACGAGGUAAACUAAAUUGAUGAAUUUUCUGUAUUUAUAUCCUUAUUUUGUAAAUUUUCAUGUUUGUAACUUAUAUCCCUUGGUCAAUUGAGGGGCGUAUCGCUGCUGCAUAUUUUGUCUGCAGGAAUAAUGCAGUGGUCUGGUCUGGUCUUGUUGAACAAAAUGUUCGAAAUUUUUUGGCCAUUAGUUUGUCUUGUUCCCAUUUGAAAAUCCAUAGAACUUCUGUGUUUUGUGUACCAUGAUAUCAUGCUCUUUCCGUUCUGCCACUCUUAAUAAAUCAAUUUAAUAGAUUAUUUUGACCUUAUAAUAACAGUAUAUUCAUAAUUGAUCAAAUUAUAACCAUCCAAACGCACAGACAUCGCAUGGAUCAAAUAAAACGUUACGCUGAAGUCGAGCUUGUGGCAUGCCGUUGGCCUGACGCUGAUCUUGUGCUUCACUCAGAUGCCUUGAAACUUGAAAGCCUCUUCUUUCUAGUUUUUAAAGCAAGCCUUAUGAUCUUUAUGUUGAAGCGGACAAUGUGAGAUAACAAAGCAAAGAUAACCAAGACUGACCACACGAACAAGAAAAUUUCAAGCUUUCCCAGAUAGAAAGGUUGGGAACCCAAAAUGCUAUUCAAAAAAUUCAGAUAGGAUAAUGCUGUAGAUAUUAUUGUCACCUACAUGGUAGCGAUUGGGGUGUACAUGAAAAUCCUCUUAGUGGCAACCCACUUGCAAGAAAAUAGUGCUUAAAGAAGAGACGAAGGAAUUGUGUUGUAUAUCAGGAACUUGCUAUAUUGUUCAGGCCGAGUCACAGCAAGUAUUGAUGUUCCAGCAGAGAGACAGGGGUUCAUCUGGGCUUGAAUUACAGUCCCAGACAUCACCUGGAGGGUUUAGUGCAGCUUGGUAAGUCAUAGCUGCAAUCACACUCGCAGCUACCAUCUUUCUUUCGCCUUUUUUUUUUCUUGCUUUUGUGUUGUGAGGUUGUCUGUGUUGCUUUCCUCAUGGUAGAAGCAUCCAAAGAUUGGCUAAAGCUUUCUGUAGCCUGGUAUAUCUCACUCCAUUCUCUGACUUGGUGGUUUCUUUAUGUUGAUUCACUUACUUUUCUGGCUAUAAAGGCUCUAGCAUUUAGAAGACAAUCUUGGAUUGCCACUGAUUUGGCAUAUGUUCUAUAACAUUCAAGGCUUUCAAACCAUUCA